AGUGGUGACUGGGUGAUACUCUGUACAGGGUUCUAGAAUUCCAGACAGCAAAUACCAUUCUAUCUUCCCAUUCCGGGCGAACACCAUGGCUUCGCUUACGCUUCCGCCUGCAUCGUCGCUCCGCCCUGAUCUUUCUUCUACUUCUCCUCUCUUUCCUUUUCUUCGCCCAUUAACAGGCGACCUGCGCCAAUCGAUCCAUAGGAAGAAGUUCCUCGUUCCGGCAGAUGAGGCCACUGUGUCCCGCCUGGUCCAACACAAGCGGGAUGCCGUGGCUUCCUUGAAUCUGAAGCUUAUUGUUUGUGAAGCUAGAGGCCCGAGACCCAGAUUUCCUCGUGUGUGGAAAACUAGAAAGAGAAUUGGGACAAUUUCCAAGUCUCAAAAGCUUGUUGGAUGUAUAAAAGGUUUAUCAAAUGUAAAAGAGGAAGUUUAUGGUGCUCUUGAUUCAUUUGUCGCCUGGGAGUUGGAAUUUCCCCUGGUACUGGUGAAGAAGGCAUUGAAGACACUUGAGUUUGAAAAGGAAUGGAAAAGAAUAAUUCAGGUGAUCAAGUGGAUGUUCAGCAAAGGUCAAGGAAAGACCAUGGGCACGUAUUACACAUUAUUAAAUGCUUUAGCUGAGGAUGGACGUCUUGAAGAGGCAGAAGAACUAUGGAUGAAAAUAUUUAAUGAAAAUUUGGAGAAUUUGCCUCGUAUUUUCUUUAUGAAAAUGAUAACAUUAUACUACAGGAAAGGCAUGCACGAAAAGAUGUUCGAGGUUUUUGCUGACAUGGAAGAGUUGGGCAUCAGACCAGAUCAGUCAAUUGUAAGCAUGCUUGGCGAUGUCUUUCAGAAGUUAGGUAUGGUGGACAAGUACGAUAAGUUGAACAAAAAGUAUCCACCGCCGACAUGGGAAUAUCGAUAUUUCAAAGGAAAGCGUGUUAGAAUACCAGUGAAGCAAAUACAUGGAUCAGCUACUGAAGCCUGCACUACUGAUGCUGCUGACAGCACGCAGAGCUAACUUUUUAUCUAUCGUAAUCUGCAGCUCUAAUACAUCCGAUUCUCUAUGCAAUAAAUUCUGCCAUGUGCACUCUUCAACAUAAGCAUUUCCAUGUCGAUAAAUUUUUGCUUCGGGGAAUGAGGCUUACAAGUAGCGAGUUUCUCCUUGGACCGAGAGCACGUGUAUGAGAAAAGGAACGAGCGGAAAGCUUCAUGAUCUGAGUCUUGUUACUUUCACAUAGGUGGUCUGAGAAAUGUUGGGUGUCCAUAGAAUGGACAAAAAAAACAUAGACGUAAUUUUAGUGGUAAAAUGAUGUAAGAGUGAUGCUUUGGCCGACCAACAACAGUGCCUGCAUGCAUGCUGAAACAAUCAGGCCUGAUGUUCUAUUAUAUUAGUCUCAAUAUGUGGAAUCAAUAAGAUUGAUUAUAAUUGAACAUAAAGUAUGCUUAUACUA